AUGGAGUCAUCACUGCAUCAAGUUUGGGAGAGUGCCUCGGGCAAUCCUUUCGUGCCAACCAUUGGAAAGGGCAGCCAAUUCUUCGUCGGAUUCUCCCUCUUGACUAUUGGCCUCUUGUUGAGCGGUCUAUUUGGACUCAACCGAUCCGUUAUCAAUAUAUCUGCCAUUGGCAUUCCGGCUUCCUUAGCGAUUGCAACAUUACACUCGAUCGACUUGUCAUUCCCUAUGAGGGUCAGGAUGUCCUCCAUCAGAGGGGCAGAGGAUGACACUCCCAUUUUCAAGGCUGUAUCGGGUUCUGCAAGGCAACUUUUCCAGCUCCUCAAUUGCAUUCGUUUCGCACCAAAAGCACAAGUCCAAAUUAGCAGUGAAGGACUCAGGUUUGCGGUUGAAGAAUCCAGGGUCAUACAAGACAAAGCUCUCUUCACCACGUUCAAUUGCGCACUUCCUGAAUCGGACGCGUCCGAAGAUGGUCCUAGAUCUGCGAGCCCUGACCUUCCCUCUUUCCAAAUCUCUCUUUCGGCUCUCCUUGAGACACUUCAGAUCUUCGGCGCUGCUGAUGCAAUGAAUGCGCGAGUCUCUAAACCCGACAAUGAUGGCUACACAACCAAUAUUCGCCGCGAUCGGCCCAAUGCGUUUAGUAAUCAGGCCCUCGGGAUGGCAGGUGUUUGUCGUCUCUCUUACCAAGGUCUUGGAUCUCCAUUCAGUAUUAUUCUGGAGGAAUCGGGAGUGACUACGACUUGCAACCUCACCACCUAUGAGCCGGAAGCUCCUGAAGAAAUACCGUUCCAGCGAGAUGAUAUGCAAGUCAAGAUCAUUAUGCAAGCGCGGUGGCUCUUUGAUGCGGUUACGGAAUUGUCAUCUACCUCUCCAAGUCGCCUUGACAUCACAGCUUUCCCCGCUGCACCAUUCUUUAGUCUUUCAGCCAUAGGUCAUCUCGGCAGUGCAAGUGUUGAGUUUUCCAAAGGACGGGAACUACUAGAGACCUUUACAGUCGCAGAGAAAUGGACUCAAAGCUAUAAAUUCGAGAUGGUCAAAGCCGCAGCUGAGGCUAUGAGACUUGCAAGCAAAGUUAGCGUUCGAGGCGAUGAACAAGGGGUAUUGAGCUUGCAGUUCAUGGUUGAAGUCGACGGUGGUGGAGUAAGUUUCGUGGAUUUUAGGUUUGUCCCCUUCCUCCGAGAUGAGGAUGAUGAGCCAUCGCAGGAUAGUGCGGACGAAUAUGAAAACGAAGGGGAGGAGAAUUGA